UUUCACAGCAGAUCUAAAAUUGGCAGAAGAGUUUACUUUAAAAGAGGCUUUAUUUUUCUGGUGCAAAAGAAGACACUUAUCCACAAUGAAGAUUGCCCUGUAUCUGAUUGGUGCUGCUUGGAUGGUUUAUGUUUUAGUGGAUGCUGGUAAAGGAAAAGCCCAUAAUAACAAAGGAAGUCACAAGUCAAGUCAUGACGAAGGUCACAAACUAC